AUGGCUUUCUUUACGUCUGACAGUAUCUGCCCAGCCGAUCUCUAUCAAUUCUCGGACCAGCGGGGAGGAGUAGAUAGCUACAAUAUCAAGCAGCUUUCCCCAGUGACCCCCGAGAAAGAAUCACUACUAGAUUCACGACAGCGCGGCAACGGCGCAGACAUCAGCACUCAAAGAGGUCCUAGUGCCAAUCUACGCACCGCAUCGCAUAAGCCGAAAAAGCCGAAAAAGCGGUUAACUAAGAAUGUGGCUUAUAAGAAGCCGCCUUCCUUGGAAACAUUAAAACAGCCACGCCAGAACCAUAACUUGGUUGAGAAGCGAUACCGCAGCCGGCUAAAGAACCAUUUCGAAAGUCUGCUCGCCGUUUUACCAAUACCACCGUGUAAAGAUGGCCAUAAUUAUGAUAGCUGCGACCAUUGCUUUAGCAGAGCUGAAGUGCUAAUCUCUGCGCGAGAUCGCAUUGUGUCGCUUGAGGAAGGCUUUGAGGCGAUGGCUAAAGAGCGGGACCAGCUACUGACAGAUAUCGCUCUGAUGUACGAGUUCACAUAUUGA